AUGCAUUGCGUCGAAUUUUACAGCGGAAUAGGCGGCCUCCACGUCGCAUUGACACGAAGCAGUAUACCCAAUGCGCAGCUCAUAAGAGCCUACGACUGGGACCAAUCCGCCUGCCAAGUCUACACUGCCAACCACGGGCCCUCGAUCGUCUCCCGAACCGACAUCUCCAAGCUCACUGCCAACGAACUCGCCGCGCUCGGCGCGGACAUAUGGUUCAUGUCGCCCUCCUGCCAACCGUACACGGUCCUGAACCCGAACCGCGCGCGGGGCGCGCUCGACCCGCGAGCGCAGAGUUUCCUGCACGUCAUCGACGACGUCUUGCCAACGCUAUGCGAAGAGGGGAAGCAGCCGAGGUAUUUGCUGGUUGAGAAUGUUGCUGGAUUUCAGGACUCGACAACGCGUACGCACCUCUUAGACACGCUCGUCAGGCUCGGAUACACCACCUCCGAGUUCCUCCUCACGCCUAUGCAGUUCGGGAUACCGAACUCGCGUCUACGGUACUACCUCCUCGCCAAAGCAUCACCUCUCAAGUUCGCUGGACUGCCUGCACCCAAUUUAGCAAGGAAACGCAAUGACGCUGGCGUGGAAGUCGAAGCGAGCUCAAGCCCUGCUGUAUUGACGUACAUACCGGGACAGGGCGACCCGUGGAUCGACGAUAGACUGUCCCCCGCUGCCGUUGAUGACCCCAAAGUAUCCGACUCGCAAUUACCCGGCGGGGAGCUAGCCUCGUACCUCGACAAGCUGACCGACAACGAAUACGAGACAUACAAGAUCCCGGACAAGGUCUUGAGCAAAUGGGGCAGGCUGUUCGACAUUGUCCUGCCCUCAGCGCGGCGGACGUGCUGCUUUACCCGAGGGUACACGCAGCUCGUCGAGCGCGCAGGGUCUAUUUUGCAGAUGAACGAAGAGAUGGACACUACAGAAACCUUUGACCGCUUCCUAGCACUCCAACGAGCAGGCGACUCUAGCACACUGGACGUUCUCCGCCCGCUGCGCCUGCGCUACUUCACCCCGACCGAGCUGUUGCGCCUGUUCCGCAUCAUCGGACCUCGCAGUAACGAUAACGGCGAGGAUCAGGAGUUCAAGUGGCCCGAGAAUAUCUCGCUCAAGACCAAGUAUCGGCUGAUUGGGAACAGUGUAAACGUCGAGGUGGUAAGACGACUGAUAGACUACAUGUAUCUGGAGCCAGACGGCAAUGGUCAAUGA